AACUAUCAGGAAUGUCCACGAAAGUUAGUCAGUCAUCGGUGGAGAUCAUGUCGCAGGUCCAGAAAUCUUCAGCAGUAUGUCUCAAUACUGGAAAUAUUCAGCGGCACCCGGAACUGUUUCGACAGUUAUUCAAAAAUUCAGCGGAAGAACUUGUGGCUGCGCUUGAACAUCAGCUUGAUGGACCAAAUGGACCGGAUUUGGCGAUGAGACCGGACGGUACAGUAAUGCUUGCUCGUGAUUCAGAAAACUGCCGUCUAAAUACCAUCGAAAAAGCCGACAUGAAGAUAACUUUAAAGGUAUUUAUGUCUUCAUUAGACAUAAAGCAAGUGGAAGAAAGCAUCGAUACAGCACUGCGCGAGAUUAACACGAAAUCAAUUUCUCAGCUGAUCAUUGCUUUUCCUCCGGAUGAUAAAUUGGAUAUAGAUCUGUCCGUACCUUCAGAAGUACAGCGGUGGUUGUCGCAUAUCCUGCCGUUUUGGAAACAGCUGGAAACUUUGGUAAGGACUCAUAAAGUAAAUACAUUGGGUGUAGCAGAUCUUGACUAUGAGCAGUUAAAAGCGCUUUAUGAAUCCACUGAUGAUCAUCGCCCAAUGAUUGACCAUUACAGCACUGAACACUGUUGUACGGUUCCUCCUGAAUUACGUGAAUAUGCGAAACAAAAGGACAUUCAAUUGUUGACCCACAAUGAUCCUAAUUUAUACAGUAUUAGUGAGAGAUUAGAUGCUACUACCAGGAAACUGUUUGGAAAUGAGCACUUUGAGCUUCUCUUCAUUGCGAGGCUUACAGUAUGGUUGCGAAGCCGUUCAAUAAUCGUUGGAAAGGGUUACAUCCUCAAGUUCCUCAGAAAAAUUCCUUGAACUGAGAAACGUGGCAUUAUGUCAGCUACAGUUUUAAAUAUGUACAUGUAAAUUCUGAUGGUGUAGAAAUAGAUAAACUUGAUGAUGAAGGUACCAGG